AUGGCAUCUGAGAUGUAUGACUACGUGGUUUGCGGUGGCGGUACAUCUGGCUGCGUCAUUGCGGGCCGCUUGGCAGAAGACCUCAACGUUUCUGUCUGCGUGAUCGAGGCAGGUCCUGACAACGCAGAUCUGGACAAUGUUCACAUGGUCGGCGGCUGGUCGCAGAACCUUGACGGGCCAACCGACUGGAACAUCACCUCCGAGCCCGCUCCGGGCAUCAAUGGCCGCCAGAUCAAGAACAGCAGAGGCAGGUUCCUGGGAGGUUGCAGCGGCCUCAAUGGCACUCUUUGCAUCAGGGGAAACAAGCAAGACUACGACGAUUGGGGUUUGGAUGGCUGGUCGGGCGAAGACAUGUGGAGGUGCAUGGCCAAGGCAAGUGUUGCGUCCCGAGGUCCCUCACCCCUCACCAGCAUUGUUACCCCGCAUCCGUACCCUUCCUGCGUGUGGAUGGGCUGGAGACUAGUGCAGUUGCCAAGAGACUGCACAUGGGCGAUCCGGGCAUGGCUGCGCAUCGGGGCUGCGGAGACCUUCCAUCCCAAGGAUGACUUUGAAGCCGAUUUGAGCGUGCAUGGCACGGACGGCCCUCUGCACACAGAGCCCCAUGACCUUGCCCCCAUAUCUAAGCUUCUCCUGGAUUCAUUCCACGACCAAGGGAUUCCUCAUACCCCAGACCUUUUCUCUACUGGCGCUUCUCCCCAAGGAUGUAGUAACACUGUCCGGACAGUCCACCAAGGUGUUCGGUCGACGGGGGCCGACUUCAUCACGAAGGGCUACAGGCGGGAAAACAUUACCAUCAAGACAGACAGCGUGGUCGACAAAGUCAUUCUCGAGCCGGUGGAUGGAAGGCUCAAAGCCACCGGCGUCAAGAUAGUGACCAAGGACGGUGCGGAAAGAAUUGUCCAGGCAAGAGAGGAGAUAGUUGUGAGCUCAGGAUCUUACUGCAGCCCCGCAAUCCUCAUGCGUUCGGGAAUCGGGCCUCAAACCGAGCUCUCCAAACACGGUAUCCAAACCCAGGUCGAUCUCCCAGGUGUGGGCAAGAACCUCAUGGACCAUCUCAUCACCUUCGUCUUCUACGAGACCAACAAGCCCGAACUCACGAACGACCAUCUCGCCUACUACGACGGCGCCCUCGACUCCAGCUACCAACUCUACAAGGACACAAAGACCGGCUUCCUCUCGACCUUCCCCUUCGGCGCCUUCGCCUACGGCAGGCUCGACGACCGCCUCAAAGACGCACCCGAAUGGCAACAAGCCACGCCGCCGCCGCCGCCGCCCGCGGACCCGCACGCCAGCAAGCCCCACGGGCUGGAGGGCGCGCGCGACGCCAUGGGCCUCGUGCGCGCGUCGCAGCCGAACGUCGAGUGGUUCAGCACCGAGUGCUACGGCGGGCCGAAGCAGUACGCGGCGUUCCCGGGCGACGGCCAAGGCGCCUUCUCGCUGCUCAGCAUGCUGCUGGCGCCGCGCUCGCGCGGCUCCGUGACGCUGGCCGGCGCCGACCCGACCGCCAACCCCGUCGUCGACCACAACUACCUCGCCGACCCGCUGGACCUGCUCGUCAUGGCCGAGGCGUGCCGCUGGGGCAACGAGAUCGUGACCGGGGGCGCGGGUACCAAGGACUACGUCAAGGGCUCGUGGCCGCCGGGCGAGAAGCAUCACGAGUAUACGACGCGGGAGCAGUGGGCUGGCUUUGUGAGGGAGAAUGCGACGACCUGCUACCACCCUGCGGGAACGUGCAAGAUGGGAAGGGAUGACGACCCGGUGGCCGUGUUGGAUGCUCGGCUUCGCGUGAGGGGUGUCGAGGGGUUGAGGGUCGCGGACUGCAGCGUCAUGCCUCUCAUGAACCAGGGCCACACCCAAAUGCCGGCGUAUGGGAUUGGCGAGAAGGCCGCAGAACUGAUCAAGGAGGAUGCGAAGCGAACACCUGAUGCGAUGAGGAUUGACUCUGUCGUGGCUACUGAUUAA